CAACAAGCUUGAUUGGAUAUGAUCGCUCCAUUUGCAAUCCAUACGGCACGGUAGCGAUAAAACGAAGGCCUGAAUGUAGCCUGCUGGUGAGAUGGAUUGAGGGGUGGUUGCACCGCACCACUGGAUCUUGCUUUUCUUCUUCUUUUUUGCCCUGCCGAACUUAUUUACCUUACCUUCCCGCUUUUGGUACCCCGUUUCACGCAGUUUUCCUACGUUACUCCCGACUCUUCAUCUCCGCCAUCGAUAAUCAAGCUCUCAAGCUCACCAAAACAAUCCCAUACCGAUUUUAUAGCGAACAACAGAAUUCUUGGGAAAAGACAAAGAAAGACCAUCAUGGAUUUUUCAGACGAUGAUGACUUAUUCCCAGAACGCGACAUUGGUGAAUUGAACGAGAUGGGUUGGACCUACCGGACUUUCGGCGACACAAACAGAUAUUACACGACCCAGAUGUUGAGACUACUUUUUGACGAUUUCCACAUCCAGACCGUCUCGAUCUACUCAGUUGACAACGUGUACACGCCGAGGGAAAUGACGCCCGAGCAGAUCGAGUGGUUGAAAAACUGGCGGGCGUGGGAGCUAUGUCCCAGUGACCCGCCCCCCUGGCCAGACCGAAAAAGCGACGACUUCAAGGACGAGGGCGGUCACAGGCAGUCUUUGCACUGCGAGAGGAAGGGGAUUUUCGGGACACUGCUUGACUUUUGUUUGCCCAGGAGGUUGACGGGCUCGAAGUAAUCCGCCUAAUAAUAUUUUGUCUUGGUGGUGGUCAUGAUUUAACUGUUUUGAACGACUGUUUUUUUCAACUUUUGUUUCUGUAUUUCUCUUGAUAAUGUGCUUUGGAUUACUUCUUUCUGUCUUUGCAUUUCAGUUUCGAGUAUUUCGGAACGUUACACGCUUGGUUAUAUUAUUUUUGUCAUUCUUACAUACCCAAGGUAGCUACGUGUCUUGCCUUCAGGGUUCGGUCUCUUCUACAAUACAUCCAUGUUUUGGUUUCUUUGGAUAACUUACUGUGCCAACAUAGGUGAUUUGGUAGUCCUGAUUUUUGUGUUUUAUUUUCUUGCUCUCCCUCUUCCCUACCUGUUAGGUACUUGGGGAUGUCCAUGUCCCCAUGCCAUGCAAUAGCCCGCUCUCGCGUGGGCUCGACCUUCC